CUCCUCCUCUCCUUCUCCUCCGCCUCCUCUCUCUCUCUCCUCUUCAUUUCGAUCGAGAAAUCAAAUUUCCCAAUAAAAAAACAAGACCUUUUUUCCUUCCACCGACUCUUCCUGUUCCUUUAUAGUUUAUACUCAAAUCGGGCACUCGGAUUCAGAAAGAAAAAAAAAACAAGAUCUGGAUCGGGAACGAUGGAAGGAGGCGGCGCCGGAGGGGCAAUCGACGAACUGAUCCAGAGGCUUCUGGAGAGCAAGAACAAGGGCGCCGGCAAAAAGGUGCAUCUGAGCGAGACGGAGAUCCGCAGCCUCUGCUCCGCCGCGAAGGAGAUCUUCCUCGCCCAGCCCGUCCUCCUCGAGCUCGAAGCCCCCAUCAACAUCUGCGGGGACGUGCACGGGCAGUUCUCGGACCUGCUGCGGCUGUUCGAGUACGGUGGGCUGCCGCCGAGCGCGAACUACUUGUUCCUCGGCGACUACGUGGAUCGGGGGAAGCAGAGCAUCGAGACGAUCUGCCUGCUGCUGGCGUACAAGAUCAAGUACCCGGACAACUUCUUCCUGCUGCGGGGCAACCACGAGUGCGCCUCCAUCAACCGGAUCUACGGGUUCUACGACGAGUGCAAGCGGCGGUUCAGCGUCCGCCUCUGGCGCCUCUUCACCGACUGCUUCAACUGCCUCCCGGUGGCGGCCCUCAUCGACGACAAGAUCCUGUGUAUGCACGGGGGGCUGUCGCCGGACCUGCAGGCGAUGGAGCAGAUCAGGGAGAUCGAGCGGCCGGUGGACGUGCCGGACCAGGGUCUGCUCUGCGAUCUGCUGUGGUCGGACCCGGACCGAGAGAUCAGGGGGUGGGGGGAGAACGACCGGGGCGUCUCCUACACUUUUGGGGCCGACAAGGUGGCCGAGUUCUUGAGGAAGCACGAUCUCGAUCUCAUCUGCCGGGCUCAUCAAGUUGUGGAAGAUGGGUAUGAAUUCUUUGCGGAUAGGCAGCUGGUGACGAUCUUCUCGGCCCCCAACUACUGCGGAGAGUUCAACAAUGCUGGUGCCCUGAUGAGUGUGGAUCCAAGCUUGCUCUGCUCCUUCCAAAUCCUGAAGCCAUACAGAGCAAAGGGCCAGGUGAAUGACUGAUCCUCGUAGGGAUGAAGCGACUGAGCUCUGGUUGUGAGCUAGAGAGAGCGGAUUAAGGGGCAACAGCUUUACAUAAAGCUGUUGGAUUACCAUUUCCAUUCAAAAGAUUGUUUUUGAUAUCAUUUUGUUGCAGCCAGUUACUGAUGCCAGAAGAUACGUAACUCAAAAAGUGUAUAUAGAAAAAUUUCCCGGAAGUAAUUCAUUUGAUGUUACUGUGAGACGUCACAGUUUUGCUAAACAUGUGUUGUAAUCAUGAGAUGUAGCUGAAUAAGAUCAAAACAAUGGUUAAAUAAAAAAUAUUGAACC